UGCAUUGCAUGUACAGACACCCAUGCAGGAAAGAUAUUCCGAGUGGUUUUUAUCGCAUUGUUGUAAGAGCACUCCAGGGUUUUUUGAGAAUUCAACAAGACUGAAUCCAGUAGACAUUACGCAGUGCUCUGGCAACUAACAUCAAAGUUCUGCUCGUCACGGCAUUGUUUCAGUAGAAAAAGGACGGUUGUAACUCUAUAUUUGUACGUCAAAUUUCACUUGUGCGAGGUCACAACAACGCUUUGAUUUGCCUGUGCACAACAAUAAUUUGUAAAUAAUUGAUACUGGCCAAACCAAGUAAGUUUGGGGAGUUUGUGCAGUUUACAUAUUGUGAUAAAGACAAUACAUUACAGAAUAUAUGUGUCAGGUGUAUGAAGCUGUGGGUAGAGUGAGGAUGGUUUCUGGAUGAAAGGCGUAAUUACUUAUUGUCGUCAUUACACACACACAUAGCUCACGAGACCAAGCUCAAGGAAGAAAAAGAAGACGAGCGAUGAUGUCUCAUCAUUAUUAUUAUUUUCCAUAAUCUUCCUGGCACUACUACCACAUCGUACACUCUCUUUGUGAUUGUGAUAAGACGACUGGGUAUUUUCCAACGAUCGUGAAAAUAUUCGAGUGAUUAAUCAUACAGACCACAAUACACAUGUACAUCGCAUAACCCUUCUUCUUCUACUCACGAGACAGAGAGAGGGAGAGAGACCGGUUGCAGUUUACACAAAUGCUGCACGGCAACACUGAUAUGUUGCUAUCAGAGAACUUUACAAAACAAUGGCGUUGAUAAGAACCUGACGAGGAGACCGUAAAACAAAUGCUGAUGUUGAAAUUUGAAGAGGGUCGGUUAGAGUUUUGUUGCACUUGUUUGAGCUACACAACGCUCUCGAGGAAGGAAUAAUAACACAAACCAUAACUUAUGCCGAGCAAAAUUGAGUGAUGAAAACGAAGGACUUGCAUAAUAUUACAUACAUAUUGCACUAGUAUUUAACUAGUAAACUCGCCACCAGCCAGGUCAGAAAGUGGUGGCUGAAGUAUAAAUAUAAUAUGUAACAGUAAUCACAAUACAUGGAUUCGAAGAACGUGUAAUAUUUUCAUGGAACACACAACUAACUGGAGGAGAGAUUAGCCGAGCCGUGUGCGCCAGAGUUUGGAACAUCAUGAACUCAAAUAUCAAGUGAAACCGAAGAUAGUGAGCGAUGUGUAUUGUAAACACGGAUAUCUUUGGAGUGAUUUGUCCUUUGCUUGUCUAUGCAUGUGUGAAUUUAUGAGACUGAAAAUAAUCGACAAUACGACUACAACUCCAAAACAUACAUAACAAACAACUGUCAGCUACACACAUUACAUGAGAAACCAACCUCUUAUUUUGUUGAUUUUUGAUAGAUAUCAAGGAUGACAAAUUCUACUCGGUGGAGGGAUUUUGUUUCGUGUACUUAGUCAGUUCUAUUUUGACUGGUGACAGUAGUGGUGGGUUCAGGAUCGUUAUUUCAUAAAAUCUUGACCACUUUCUGAACAUCUUUUGGUACAGACGUAACGGCAAGUUUCAUGUGACUUGAAAAUCGGAGUGGCAAUAUCCAUGAACAUACUCUUCGUCAUUAGAAAGUGCAGUAAUAGUACUCCAUCGUUGGACGCAAAUCAUAUAACCUUAUCUGCUUAUUGAUAACCCUUGUUCAAGUUAUCGCCCGAGUCCCACACAAUCCGAACACAACACAACGCAAUUACACUUUAACCCACCUGCGUCAAAUUAUCAAAUCAAUAACAUUACCAAAACGAGACACAUAUUCCACUCUUAUACUUAUCGCUUCAUUCUUUAGUCAAAUGUGUUACAAGGAAAACAAGACUCGUAUUAAUUGACAAAGUUCGCCAUUGUUCUGAUUUACAAGUUUUUCAAGUUAAUGUUUUUACCUCGGGUGUUUAUCUAAAUUGAAUAGUGUGCACUACUUAUUUGCAUAAAUACUGUGUUAACUGUGGUUAGAAAACUAUCGCACGUGAUACCAUAUAUUGAAUAAAAGUGUCAUUGCGAAGCCAACCAGGGAAAGGGAGCUUUGGUGCCCUUACUAAAUUACAACACAAUGUGCCUUAAAUAUCGUCCAAAAGUAAGGGCUGUGACUGUCAUGGUCGUCUGCAACAAGUAGAACUACGGAUUCCAGAAUGAAGUCUCCCACAAAACUUUCCCCGACGCCCAGUGCGUCACGGGGACUAGGGAUGGAUUUAUCUCUAAAACCGUAUCGAAUUUCACUGCGACCUAACCAAACCUUAGCUAAAUUUUUAUAUUGUGUCGUGGUGCUACUAAAUUUUGUCUUUUUCGCUACAUCGUCAAAUGUCAUACACACCGGUUUUAAUUAUAGCAUAAGUCCCCCUAAGUCACCUCCUUUGGAAGUAUAUCGCUCAGCAAAAAUUUGCAUUGGGACUCAAGGUCGCAUGUCCGUCCCUUCCAACCGGUCACAUCAUUAUCGAAACUUGAAGGAUCGAUACACAAAUUGUACGUACGUUGAAGGAAAUUUGGAACUCACGUGGAUUCAAGAUAAAGACAUGGACCUAAGCUUUCUCCAACACAUUCGUGAGGUUACUGGUUAUGUCCUAAUUUCUCACGUCGACGUCCAAAGGAUACUUCUUCCAAGCUUGCAGGUCAUAAGGGGCCGCACUCUGUUUAGACUGAACGUGCAUGACGACGAAUUUGCGUUGAUGGUCACAUUAUCUCGCAUGAACAACUUGGAAUUACCUGCUCUACGAGAUGUGUUGGCCGGAAACGUGGGAAUUUUCAACAAUUACAACUUGUGCCAUGUGAAAACAAUCAAUUGGGAUGAGAUAAUCAGUGGAAUCAAUUCCAAGUACGUCUAUGUGUACAACUAUACUCAACCUGAACGAGAAUGCCCACCGUGUCACUCUUCUUGUGAAGCUGGCUGUUGGGGCGAAGGACUGCACAACUGUCAAAAGUUUUCAAAAAUCAACUGCAGCCCCCAGUGUCACGAAGGACGAUGUUACGGACAUGAACCUCGUCAAUGCUGUCAUCUCUCAUGUGCUGGUGGGUGCACGGGUCCGAAAAAGAGUGAUUGCCUGGCAUGCAAAAAGUUUUACGACGAUGGCGAAUGCAAAGAUGAAUGUCCGUCUUUGGUCGUCUACAACCCAAACUCAUACCUGAGCGAGAGGAACCCCAACGGGAAGUACGCCUAUGGGGCCACUUGUGUCAAGACCUGUCCGGAUCACUUAUUGCGUGACGCCGGGGCUGGGGCGUGUGUUCGGUCGUGCCCUCCUGACAAAGAGGCUGUGGACGGAGAAUGCGUCUCUUGCAAUGGACCUUGUCGGAAGAAAUGUCAAGGCCCACCAGUCAACGGGAUAAUUCAUUCGGGCAAUAUCGACAAUUUCAGAAAUUGUACCAUUAUCGAGGGAUCAAUUGCAAUACUCGAAACAUCAUUUAACGGGUUUCAAGAUGUACAUCCCAACUAUACUUUUGGGGCUCGGUUUGCACCUAUGGCACCAAGCAAACUUGAAAUUUUCAGCACUCUGAAAGAGAUUACAGGCUUUCUGAAUGUCCAAGCAACACACCCUAAUUUCACCAGUCUGUCAUAUUUUAGGAAUUUGGAAAUAAUUGGAGGGAGAGAAAAGGCCGACUUUUUCUCGUCGUUGUACAUUGUGAAGACCAGUUUGAAGGAGCUGAAAUUGAAGUCCUUAAACAGUAUUCGGUCUGGAUCAGUGACUAUAUUGGAAAAUAAUGACCUAUGCUUCGCACAAAGUAUCAACUGGCAAAAAAUCAUGCAAAAACCCAUGCAGGAACAAGUAUCUAACAAUAACCCGCAAGAAACAUGUCGAAAGACGGGUGAGGUCUGCAGCAGUCAAUGCUCCACAGACGGCUGUUGGGGAGCGGAACCCAGCGAUUGCAUUUCAUGUGCAAAAUUCAGACUGGCAGAUCAAUGCGUUCCGAGUUGUAAUGCAACCGUGGGAAUUUAUGAAGAUUCCCCUGGAAUUUGUAAGCAGUGCAGUGAACAAUGUGAAAAGACGUGUCAUGGCCCUGGACCCGGAAAUUGUGCCAAGUGCAAGAAUGUCAGUGAUGGCCCAUUUUGCGUGGAUGUCUGUCCACCUAUGAAAUAUAAUGUUUCUGGUGAAUGCAAGUCCUGCCACACGAGUUGUACGGAUGGAUGUACAGGACCCAAGAGCACAAUCGGAUUUUCUGGGUGUAACUCUUGUCAACAGGCAAUUGUUGAUGAAAAUGACAGUAUCGAACAAUGUUUGGGAAGAGACGAAACUUGUCCACGUGGUUAUUACUAUGAAUCCGUAAGCCCAAAGGAGUCUGGACCAUUGAAGGCGUUGGCUGGAAAAAUUGUCUGUCGUAAAUGUCACCAGCGCUGUAAACUGUGUACUGCAUAUGGAUUUCAUACACAAGUGUGUCAAGAGUGUGCAAAAUAUAAGAAAGGAGAACAAUGUGAAGACGAAUGUCCUACGGAUUUUUAUGCGGACGAGGAUCUUCGUGAAUGUAUUCCAUGUGCUGACGAGUGCAGGGGGUGCAGCGGCCCUGGAGCAGAUAACUGCAUCGCAUGUCGCAAUUACAGAAUUUAUCCGGAUGAUGAUGCUGCUAAUGAAGUCAACUCAAGUUUCAUAUGCACGAUUCAAUGUCCUACUGAACACCCCCACCGAAUUGUAACUGAUGAUAAAGAGCCGUAUUGUUCGCAUCAUACACAAACUCCAAUCUAUGAAGAAAAUCAAAGACCAGCAAUCGUUGUGGGAGCAAUUACAUUCGUGGUCAUUCUUUUGGUGUUUGUUAUAAUAAUCGGAUUUUCAUGUAUUCGUUACAAGAACAAGGAGGAUACAAUUAAAAUGGCAAUGCAAAUGACUGGAUAUGAUGACAAUGAACCGUUGAGGCCGAGCAAUGUAAAACCAAAUCUUAGCAAAUUCAGAACCGUCAAAGAAGAGGAAUUACGAAAAGGAGGCGUUCUUGGCUGUGGUGCAUUUGGCACUGUUUUUAAAGGAGUAUGGAUUCCCGAAGCUCAAAAUGUUAAAAUUCCUGUGGCUAUAAAAGUUCUUCGAGAGGGAACUGGGGCAAAUACCUCGAAAGAAUUUCUUGAUGAGGCGUACAUCAUGGCAAGCGUCGAACAUCCACAUCUUCUUAAACUCCUUGCCGUUUGCCUCACCUCUCAACUCAUGCUGGUUACACAACUCAUGCCUCUGGGAUGUCUUCGCGACUAUGUUCACAACAAUAGAGAUAAAGUUGGAUCUAAGGCCCUUCUCAACUGGUGCACACAAAUAGCUAGAGGCAUGGAAUAUUUGGAAACUCGACGACUCGUUCAUCGUGACCUAGCAGCUCGUAAUGUGCUAGUGCAAACCCCAACAUUUGUCAAGAUAACUGACUUUGGUUUGGCCAAACUUCUCGACUUGGACGAAGACGAGUACAAAGCGGAAGGAGGCAAGAUGCCAAUCAAGUGGUUAGCUUUGGAGUGCAUCACAGACCGAGUUUUCACUCACAAAUCGGAUGUCUGGGCAUUCGGUGUCACCGUCUGGGAGUUACUUACGUAUGGUGGUCGCCCUUAUGAAAAUAUUAGUGCUCGAGAUGUUCCGGAUCUAUUGAUGAAAGGCGAAAGGCUUCAACAACCACCAUUCUGUACGCUGGAGCUUUACUUGAUCAUGCUUAAAACGUGGGUGCUGGAACCUGAUGCUCGUCUCAGCUUUCGUGAAUUAGUGGAAGAGUUUGCUAAGAUGGCUCGGGAUCCAGGUCGAUAUUUGGCUAUUCCAGGAGAUAAACUGAUGCGCCUACCAUCUUACACGCCACAGGAUGAAAGAGAGCUGAUUCGAAACUUAUCGUCUGCCAUGGACGGUCCUGAUAUUAUAAUUAAUGCCGAAGAGUAUCUCCAACCAGGUUUAACUAACGGAGGUGCCGGUACUAUAACCUCAUCUGGUUCCACAAACGGUACAAUCAAGCAUAAUGGGUAUCCCCCUGCUUCGGAAGUUUCGUGGCCAGAUUCUCCUCAGAAUCUCCACCAUAGGAUGCAAGCAAGGCAUCGCUAUGGCGUUGGAAGAGGUCAGUCCACGGUCGACUCCCGCUACUGCAGUGACCCACUGAACAUGUUGGGCAAGGACUCGAGUGACGGUUGUUACUCUGAAGGCUCGACAAAAAGCAGACAGGCCCAGGUCGGGGACGGAAUAAACUUCAAACUGCAACUUGAUCUCCCAGUGGAUGAUGAUGACUAUUUAAUGCCGUCGCCACAAUACAAUCAAAACGCCACAGCUUAUCUCGACGUUGUUAGUGACCCUAGUGCCAAAGGUUUACAAGGUGAAGCAAAAGCUGGUUCUUAUGCAGCCCUCGCAGCUCAAAGGCGAAAUCACUACCCAACUCUAGUGGACAAUCCCGAAUAUCUCAAUAACCCCGAACUAAUGUCCAUCAGAGAAUACGCCAAUGUUCCCAUGUCACAUGCCAGCUAUGCUCCCAUAGGUCUCCCAAACCCACGAUCCCAGCAACUCUACCCCCAACCUCCGAACCAUUUUUACCCUCAAGCUGUUAAUGGCAAACCCUCACACGCGGCCGUGGCGAACAAUCCCCCGCUGAACAAUAAUGCUCAACAACAACAACCCCCAUUCGUCAUCUCUGGGAACAGGCCAGGCUCCGUUGGACGUCAAGGCUCUCGGUCAGAGGAAGAGUCAGACCACGAGUAUUACAACGAAUUAGACAAACUGCAGCGUGAAAUGCAACCCCUUCAAUCAAAUGCUCGCAAAAACGAAACGACUGUUUAGCUUUUUAGUAAUAGGAAUAUAAUGUCAUGAGACCAAAUCUAGUUUGUAAGAUAAGUAGGAUAAGAUAAAUGGUAUCGAUCGAUAUGGCAGCUUUUUCGUACGUUGUGUUCAACUGAAAUGUAGAAACAUUUUUAUUUAUUUUGUACAAAAAACAAGUGACACUCGACAUAUUACACGUGUUCACAAUUUCUCAAUCGAGAAGAAUUUCCAAGUAAUUCCAUAAGCAAUAACAUAAAGACAUGAUAUCAAUCAAAUUUUGCAAUGUAUACUAUACAAUCAGUACAUGGUGGAUUAUUAUAAAUCAUAUCCGACUUUCCAAGUAGAAAUGGUAAGGCAAAAAAAUAUUAUACAGACUUUGAACUAAUCCUAAUAAGGCUAUAAUAUAUUUAUAAAUCAUCCAAGUAAUGAUAAUCUUUUAACGAUGAACUUAUUUAGCAACAAUGUACAAAGCUUUCAGAGUGUGUUUGAAUAUUACGCAACGAAAGAUUGAUUUUUAUUAAUAGUAUGCUAGUUAGCGUAGGUAUAAGUCCCGGUUAUUUAGUAAUUAUAUGACUUUUUACAAUGAAAACUACGGUGAAGUUAAAAUCACUAAAGCAGGUACAAUGUACAUCGAAUAUAAAAAUUAUACAGUGGCCUUUUAAUGCCUUUUUAGCUCGAGUUUCGAUAUAAUGUUGAAAAUAUUUAAGUGCUACUAAUAGUCAAGAGUAAGCCAAGUGUACAGAAACAUUUUUCGAAAAAAACUCCCAACAAAACUUUUUACGUGUGUAGUUUGCAAUAGUUUGCAUACAAUAAGAGUUGCUGCACAGUUGCACGUUAUAAUAUUACACGUUACAAUAAAUAAGAACAUGUAGGGAACAUACGCUCAAACUUAAUUCUUUUAUGUACACUUCCAUGAUAAAUAUUAUUGGCGCACCGAACAUUUUGUAUUUUUUCUACCAGCGUUUCUGUUACGUUUCAGUGAACAUGUCCAAUAAUUGAUAUAUUCUGCCUUGUUAGCUUUUAUUAACUGAAAUUCUAAACUCACUUAAUAAUUUUAAGGUUAUGUAAUAUGUAUACAUAUGUCAUUAAUUGUUUUAUAUAGAAGCUGUCAGCAUUGGCAGUUAUUUUAAUGUUUGACAUUGUCUAUCUGUGAUAAUAAAGCAUAUAAAGUUUUCUAUAAAAGUAAA